GGCGGGGCCUGGAGCGAUGGCGGCGGCGGCGCUGCGGUCCCGGGGCGGCGGAGCGGUUCUGGCGACGCUGCUGCAGCCCCGGCGCGGCUACAAGAGCACGUUCAGGGCCUCGGAGCUGGAGCUGCAGCGCUCGCAGGCCCUGGGGACGCCCCCGGCCCCCCGGGAUUUGGUUUUUGGGAAGUUUUUCACCGACCACAUGCUGACGGUGGAGUGGGAGCGGGAGCGGGGCUGGGGGCGCCCCAAGAUCGGCCCCUUCCAGGACCUGCGGCUGCACCCGGCCUCGACCGUGCUGCACUACGCCGUGGAGCUCUUUGAGGGCCUCAAGGCUUUUCGGGGCGACGACGACAAAAUUCGGAUUUUUCGGCCCGAACUGAACAUGGAGAGGAUGCAGAGAUCGGCGAAGAGGGUCUGCCUGCCUGAGUUUGACGGGGACGAGCUCCUGGAGUGCAUCCGGGCCCUGGUGCGGCUCGAGGGGCGCUGGGUGCCCCGGGACCCCCAGAGCAGCCUCUACAUCCGCCCCACCUUCAUCGGCACCGAGCCCACGCUGGGGGUCUCGCCCCCCGGGCAGGCGCUCCUGUUCGUGGUGCUGUGCCCGGUGGGGCCGUACUUCGGGGGCUUCGGCCCCAUCCGGCUCCUGGCCGACCCCCAGCAGGUGCGGGCGUGGCCGGGCGGGGCCGGACACUGCAAGCUGGGCGGCAACUACGGGCCGUGCCUGGAGCUGCAGGAGGAGGCGCGGGCCCGCGGCUGCCAGCAGGUGCUGUGGCUCUACGGGCCCGAGCAGCUCCUGACCGAGGUGGGCACCAUGAACCUCUUCGUCUUCUGGGAGCGCCCGGACGGGGCCCCGGAGCUGGUGACGCCCCCCCUGGACGGGCUGAUCCUGCCGGGGGUGACGCGGCAGAGCCUGCUGGAGCUGGCCCGCAAAUGGGGGGAGUUCGCGGUGCGCGAGGCCCCCCUGCCCAUGGGCUCCGUCCUGGGGGCGCUCAAGGCCGGGCGGCUCCGGGAGAUGUUCGGGGCCGGCACCGCCUGCGUGGUGUGCCCGGUGGGCGAGAUCCUCUACCAGGAGCAGGUGCUGUCGGUGCCCACGAUGGAGAACGGAGCCAAAGUGACCACGAGGUUCCUGCGGGAGCUCAACGACAUCCAGUACGGCCGCGUGCCCAGCCCGUGGGCCCAGCCCCUGUGACCCCCCCGGACGGGGCCGGGACCCCUCCCCAAAAUGCACCAAAAAUGCCAAAAACGACCCCAAAAAUCCAACGACACUCCGGAGCCUCCUCACCCCCCCCCGGGCGGGGCCGGGACCCCUCCCCAAAUUCACCCAGAUUCACCCAUGGGGGGGGGGAUUGGGGCCCGGGACCCCUCCCCAAAAUGCACCAAAAAUGCCAAAAACCGCCCAAAAU